AUGGAAAUCAUAUGACAAGACCUGGGUGACAUUCAUGGGAAGUCUUCAAGAAAUACAGAAGACAAAAACGCUAAUGUACUUGAGAAAGUAGUAAAAUUUGGUGGGGGGGGGGGUGGGGAAAAGACCGGUUUUCCUGAUCUACAACUUGGCUGGAUGCUAAGAUGUCUGUGGACAUGAAUAGCCAGGGGUCUGACAGCAAUGAAGAGGACUAUGACCCAAAUUGUGAAGAGGAGGAAGCUGAGGAGGAGGAAGAGGAUGAGGACCCUGGGGACAUAGAGGACUAUUACGUGGGAGUAGCCAGUGAUGUGGAGCAGCAGGGGGCCGAUGCCUUUGAUCCUGAGGAGUACCAGUUCACCUGCUUGACCUACAAGGAGUCCGAGAGUACCCUCAACGAACACAUGACCAGCCUGGCGUCUGUCCUAAAGGUAUCUCACUCAGUUGCUAAGCUUAUAUUAGUUAAUUUCCACUGGCAAGUUGCAGAGAUACUGGACAGAUACAAGUCUAAUUCCGCUCAACUUCUUGUUGAGGCUCGAGUUCAACCCAAUCCAUCAAAGCACGCCCCCACAGCCCACACCCCUCAUCACUGCGCCGUGUGCAUGCAGUUCGUGCGGAAGGACAACCUACUCUCUCUGGCCUGUCAACAUCAGUUCUGUCGCAGCUGCUGGGAACAGCACUGCUCAGUACUUGUCAAGGACGGCGUAGGUGUGGGAGUCUCUUGCAUGGCUCAAGACUGCCUACUCCGAACACCAGAGGACUUUGUGUUUCCAUUGCUGCCCAAUGAAGAAUUAAGAGACAAAUACAGGCGCUACCUCUUCAGGGACUAUGUGGAGAGUCAUUACCAGCUCCAGCUGUGCCCUGGCGCAGACUGCCCCAUGGUUAUUCGGGUACAGGAGCCCAGAGCUCGCCGGGUUCAGUGCAAUCGCUGCAGUGAGGUGUUCUGUUUCAAGUGUCGUCAGAUGUAUCACGCCCCCACAGACUGCGCCACAAUCCGGAAAUGGCUCACGAAGUGUGCAGAUGACUCAGAGACCGCUAACUACAUCAGUGCUCACACGAAAGAUUGUCCCAAGUGCAACAUCUGCAUUGAGAAGAAUGGAGGCUGCAAUCACAUGCAAUGCUCCAAGUGCAAGCACGACUUCUGCUGGAUGUGUCUUGGCGACUGGAAGACCCACGGCAGUGAGUACUAUGAAUGCAGCCGGUACAAGGAGAACCCCGACAUUGUCAACCAGAGCCAGCAGGCCCAGGCCCGGGAAGCCCUCAAGAAAUACUUGUUCUACUUUGAGAGGUGGGAAAAUCAUAACAAGAGCUUGCAGUUGGAGGCACAAACAUAUCAGCGGAUUCAUGAGAAGAUUCAAGAAAGAGUCAUGAAUAAUCUGGGAACGUGGAUUGAUUGGCAGUACCUACAAAACGCUGCCCAACUCUUGGCCAAGUGCCGAUACACCCUGCAGUACACUUACCCGUACGCGUACUACAUGGAGUCUGGACCCAGGAAGAAGCUGUUUGAAUACCAGCAGGCCCAGCUGGAAGCUGAGAUAGAGAACCUGUCCUGGAAAGUGGAGCGCGCGGACAGCUACGACAGAGGGGACUUGGAGAACCAGAUGCACAUAGCGGAGCAGCGGAGGAGAACCCUGCUGAAGGACUUCCACGACACCUAGACCGAGACAGACACGCUGCCGUGGGGAGAGGUGGCUGCCGCACCCGUGCCGCGACCCGCUCCUGAAUGAGACUGGCCACACCUCUCAGUCCCUUCUGUUUCUUCUCAUUUUUACACUUUCUGUUUGUUAUGCCAGGGUAGAGGCCAUGUUGACCUGACCUCUUUUCAGGACUUCUGAUCUCCUUGGACGGUUGUUGGGAGGGAGGGAGAGUUUUUCUGAAUGACUAUUACUAGUGUUAGAGCAUUACAACUUGUGUAAUUUUCAAAGGUUGUACAAAUAUCCAAGAAGGGGGCAAACUAUAGACUUACGUAGACCCUUUUUAAAAAUAAAUUGGCGUUGGAGUGUUUUUACCCUCUAGCUAUUUCACUUAGACUAUAACAUGCUGCCCACCCGCCUCCCUCAGAUUGUUUACAUCAAGAGAGACCUGGGGUUGCCUCUGCUUUCCAGAUUUCCACGUGCUUGACCGCAGCAGGAGUCCCAGGAGACACCCUGGUGGGAACUGGCCUGUGCAGUGGCAGGAGGCACAAGAAGCACAACUCCUACCUGAUCUUGGUUAGACCUUUUGGUGGGAUGUAUCUGCCAGACUUUGGCAGUGGGAGAUCAGACAGGGCAGGGUCUCUGAUGGUGCUGUGUGUCUGUGACUCAUCUUUCUCUUGAACGUGAGGUUUGCCCAGGUCUGGCUCCCGAGGCCAGAGCCCACGGCGGAGCUUAAGUGGGUGUGCGGUCCUGUAAGGUAGAGGACAUGAGCUCAGCAGCGUUUCCUCUUGUCUUCUGAAGAUAGAGAUCCACUUUUAAAGGGAGUUAUUCCUCAAAAUGAUUUUUUACCUUGGUCCCUGCUUUGUGCCAGUGUCCUGACCAGCUCACAUAUGGCCAUACCUGACACUUCUCUGGUGAGCUUCGGGAUCAGUUCGGCACGGCCCACCUCAGGGCACCGGUCUGCCUGGCCUGGAUCAGAUUCACACAGCUUGCUUUCCGGGAGUGUGCCCAGCAGCGCCUGAGAGUUGAGAGGUCGCCGCCUCUUCUCAUGCUAGCAGUCGGAGACCACUCUCAUCCAGAAAGGGCUGGCCAGGACUCAGGACCAGUUUUUGCACAGUUGAGCACAAAGGAACAAGUUGUUGGCAUGGGAUAUUCUACCUGUAUGGAAACUGGUCUCCUGUGGGCCUCUGCAAAGCUCCAUCUGGGACUGUUAAGUUUCUGUACCUCUAUUCUGGGGCUGGCAGAGCUGUCUGCUCUCUGCUGGACUCCUUGACCUAGUGAAGAGUUGCUGGAAAUCUGUGAAUACUGAGUUGGAAAGUUUUUGAUACUUUUUCAUCUAAUCAGUAAUUGCUCAGGUAUCGUGUAAGCUGUAAAACCGAAUCACUCGUACAGAUAGUGGACGGCUGUGACUCUGGCCCCAUGUGUAUGUGAGUGACUACAGGCUCCCUUUCUUCCCUUUGGGCUUUGUCUCUUCCUGUCAUCUCCAGCAAGGGAGGAACAGUGGAGUAGGAGAACAGGCUAGGAGUAAUAGCAAGGGAAUCCACAACGUACUAUACAACAUACUGGGUUAAUAGAAAAGUCAUAGGGAGUCGGGCGGUAGCGCAGCGGGUUAAGCGCAGGUGGCGCAAAGUGCAAGGACCUGAGUAAGGAUCCUAGUUCAAGCCCCCAGCUCCCCACCUGCAGGGGAGUCGCUUCACAGGCGGUGAAGCAGGUCUGCAGGUGUCUUAUCUUUCUCUCCCCCUCUCUGUCUUCCCCUCCUCUGUCCCAUUUCUCUCUGUCCUAUCCAACGACGACAUCAACUACAACAAUAAUAACAAACAAGGCCAAUAAAAGGGAAAAACAAAACAAAUAAAGUCAUGACAUGUUUUCUUUUUUAAUUUAUUUGAUCGAAAUUGAGAGGGAAGGGGAAGAAGAUAUGGAGAGAGAGAGAGACCUGCAGCCCUGCUUCACCACCCACAAAGCUUUCUCCCUGCAGGUGGGGACUGGGCUCGAACCCAUCUCCUUACAUACUGUAACAUGCGUUCAACCAGGUGCGCCACCACCCGGCCCCAUGAUGCAUUUUUCUAUGCAGAAUGCAUCAUGACUUCUCUGACAACCCAAUAAUUGUGAACAAGAAAGUGCUUGCUACAGGACCUGGGGCUGGGGUGUGAACGCUGUAUGUCCUUGGCACAUGGGCCACCCUGGGACCUGGAGCCUUUACCUCUCCACUGAGCCCUACUGUGUCACUGCCACGGCGCGGGACCUGAGCUGCAGCCUGCACCUUACUCACAGCCUGGGGUUUUUGGGUUGUGUUUGUGACUGUAUCGCUACCAUAUAGUGCACUUGCAUCCAGCUGUGGCCUCAACCACUGGAGCUGUUGGAGGCUCUGUGCCCAGGCCCCAGUCUGCAGCCUGACCUAUGGAGAACUUCCUUUGUGACUCCAGUAUCUGUCCUUUGUUAACAUCAUGAGAAAUACAGAGGUUUGGGCAGGGUUCUUCUGCCCUCCAAAGGAUGGAUGAUAAAGGAAUUUUUCAUGAAUUUACCACAUAGCUUUGUUUUUCUUCAAAGAAAAGGUUGAGGCAAUGUCAUCUACUCAAACUUGAGUGGUUUAUUAAAAUAAACUGAAAAUUUCUGAUCAUAAAA